GCUCGUCGCUGCCCCCUCCCCGAUGAGCUCCUACUUUGUCAACCCGCUGUACUCCAAGUACAAGGCGGCGGCUGCGGCGGCGGGGGAGCCCAUCAAUUCCCCAUAUUACGACUGUCACUUCGCACCCGAGGUGAGCGGCCGACACGCCGCUGCUGCCGCAGCCGCCGCUGCCGCCGCUCUGCUCUACGGGAAUGGCGCGGCCGCCGCCGGCUUCCCGCACCCCGCACCCGGCGGGGCGGGGGGCGGCGGUGGUGCGGCCGCGGACUUUUACCACCCGGUCGGGGGGAGCCCCACGGCCGCCUACCAGCCGCCUCCUCCUCCCCCAGCCGCGCCUCCGCCUCCUGCCCCCUGCAGCGGGGUUACCUGUCACGGGGAGCCCGCUAAAUUUUACGGAUACGAUAACUUACAGAGACAGCAGAUUUUUACGACACAGCAAGAGGCCGAGCUGGUACAAUAUCCUGACUGUAAAUCGUCCAGUGCUAAUAUUGGCGAGGAACCAGACCACUUAAAUCAGAGCUCGUCUCCUGCUCAAAUGUUUCCCUGGAUGAGACCACAAGCAGCGCCGGGUAGGAGGAGAGGAAGGCAAACGUACAGCCGAUUCCAGACUCUAGAGCUGGAAAAGGAGUUCCUAUUUAACCCCUAUCUGACCAGGAAGAGGAGGAUCGAGGUGUCCCAUGCACUAGGACUCACCGAGAGGCAGGUAAAGAUCUGGUUUCAGAACAGGAGGAUGAAAUGGAAAAAAGAGAACAACAAGGACAAAUUCCCCGCUUCCAGACAGGAGGGAAAGGAAGGGGAGGCCAAAAAGGAAGCACAUGAUCUGGAAGAAGACAGAGCUGAAGGCCAGACAAAUUAAUUUUUGCCCUUCGUGAAAGGCAAUCAAAAAUAACUGGGACCACAGCCUGACAUCUCGGCUCAACUAUCCCUGUACGUGAUCUUGCCGUAGGACGAGUGACCUCGUGUCCCUCCACUUGACAUUUCCCUCCUUUGGAUGCUUCACUUGUUUGGGGGUUUAUUUUGUUUAUAAGCUUAUCCAGAGCAAUCUUUAAAUUUAAUAUUUCAUCUACUUUUUUUUUUUUGCAAAUUUGAUACAGAGUUUGUAGCAAUAAAUUUCUAAUUAUAUAUAAA